AUGAAUGGAUUAGUGACUUAAAAAAAGAUAUAAAAGAUAGUUAGUAAUUUCAAAAUUACCAAUAGUGUUACAACAGAUAAUUUAGCUAGAGGACUUGAUUUUGAUAAUGUUCAUUUGGUUUUUUAAUUUGAUCAAUUUUAAGAUCCUAGUUACUUAGAUCAGGUAGAACAGCAAGAUAAGAAAAAUAUGGAAAAGCAAUUCAAUAACUUGAAUAAUUUGAUAGAGGAUUUUAUUAAUUCAUAGGUAAAUCAAAAAGCUAAACAGCAUUUAUUUCAUUUAUUUGCAGUUACUAUAAGAGAUAAUAAAGAUAAGAAUUAGAAGAUAGAAAAAUACAAUAAUAGUAAUUACAUUAAUAAUAAAUAUCUAAAAAAUAAAGAAAAACCAUGA